AACUUUUUUCCCAGUUUUCUUCUGGUUUUAGGGAAUUUGAAGUCCACGUUGAGGUCUUCAGGUCAGUACAGCACCGAUUCAAGUCAAGUCAAGCACCGAUUAUUAAAGUCAGGCCAUUAUUCAAGACAGAAACUAAAAUACUGGAGAGAGUUCAACAGUGGAGCAGGGAAUUUGGGGCUUAUGUUGAGAUCUGAAAGUCUACACAGGCUUCUUUGCUAAAAUUAAUCACCGUCUGUCAAUCUCUUACCGUAAUCUAACACAGAAACUAAAAUACUAAAGAGAGUUCAGCAGUGGAGUAGGGACUUUAGGAUAUAUGUUAGGGUCUUCAGGUCUAUGGAGGUUUUAUUUGGUGAAAUCAAUUACCGUAAGUCAAUCUUAAGUCGUAAUUUAACACAGAAACCGAAAUAUUAAAGAGACUUCAACAGUGGAGUAGGGAAUUUGAAGUCCACGUUGAGGUCUUGAGGUCAACGGUGGCUUCUUUGGUGAAGUCAAGCACCGAUUAUUAAACUCAGGCCAUAAUUCAAGACAGAACCUAAAAUAGCGGAGAGAGUUCAACAGUGGAGGAAUUUGGGGUCUGUAUUGGAGUCUUGAGGUCUAUGAUGACUUUUUUGAUAAAGUCAAUUACCUUAUGCCAAUCUCAGGUAAUAAUUUAAUAUAAAAACUAAAAUACUGAGGAGAAUUCAACAGUGAAGUAGGUAAGAAACCUUAAUAGAUUCUACACCAAAUUUCUCCCAAUUUUGUUCUGGUUUUAUGGAUUUUAGGAUCUAUGUUGGGGUCUUGAGGUCUACAGUGGCUCCUAUGAUGAAGUCAAUAUUAAUCUCAGGCCGUAAUCUCUCACAGAAACCAAAAAACCAAAAGAGUUCAACAGUCAAGUAGGGCACCAGCUACGCAGGGUGAUGCUGAAGGAACGAGAGACGAUCGAUCGCGGGGGCUGCGCCUCCCCCUGCUCCAGCAUGGGGGGCAACUCCUCAGAGGGGGGCGGCGGGGCUGCGGCCUCCUCCUGCGCGGGCUGCGGGGGCCGCAUCCACGAUCGCUUCUAUCUUCUCGCCGUCGACCGACAAUGGCACGCUUGUUGCUUGAAGUGUUGCGAGUGCAAGUUGCCACUGGACACCGAGUUGACUUGCUUCGCACGAGAAGGCAACAUUUAUUGUAAAGAUGACUAUUAUAGGAUGUUCGCUGUGACCAGGUGCGGCAGGUGCCACGCAGGAAUCUCCGCUAACGAAUUGGUAAUGAGAGCGAGAGAGCUCGUGUACCAUUUGCACUGUUUCUCUUGCACCCUCUGCGGCAUCCCCCUAUCCAAAGGAGACCAUUUCGGCAUAAGGGAUGGUCUGAUUUAUUGCAGGCCCCAUUACGAGAUGAUGGACACGUUCGAUCCGCACGAGGGCCCCGGGGUGUUUUCGGGGGGCGAAUCGCCCGGUUACUACCCGAACACCCCCCCGCAAAACCAAAAGGGGCGACCGCGUAAGAGGAAACCGCAACACCCGCAAGAACAAGAUGCGGUCACCGGUUGCGGGGAUUUACCGGUGGGGAUGCGGAUGGCCGCCGCCACUUUGGAAAUGCUGCACCAAGGCGACCUCUCCUCCUCAAUGGAGUCCCUCUCGUACGACUCCUCGGUGACCUCACCAGGUUCCAGCAACGGCCAGCAAAACCAACGCACCAAACGGAUGCGCACCUCCUUCAAGCACCACCAACUCAGGACGAUGAAGACCUACUUCGCCAUCAACCAAAACCCCGAUGCGAAAGACUUGAAGCAGUUGGCCCAAAAAACCGGACUCUCAAAGCGGGUUCUUCAGGUGUGGUUCCAGAAUGCACGCGCCAAGUGGCGCAGGAACCUAAUGCGCCAGGAGGGUACCCAGGGGGCGCAGUCGCAGUCGGGCGCGGUGACAGGUGCCUCGCCCACCGGAUCCUCCAUUAUGGAGGCGAGCAUGUCCCAUCAGGGAGGCCUCGACGACCUGCACCACCAUUUGCACAGCCAGAACUCCCAGACUCUCGCGUUUAGUGAUAUUUACUAGUGACGACAAAGUCCGUUUUGUACCGAGAAAUGUUCCUUUUUAGUAUUAUAGUUAGUUUAAGUUUCUGAUGAGGUGUCUGUCCUUAAAGUAGUCUUCUGGGGUGGAACUAUCAAAGUUGUCGUUUACUAGGUGCUGUCAAACCAGGAAAGAGAGGGCGCAUGACAUUGAUCUGUCAAGUCGAAGACCGAAGAGGCCUAAUUUACGGAAAGCCACUCAAGAAAUAAAUUUUUCCUGACAGGCAGAAGAAGCAAGCAAAGGUUUUAUGUUAAUAUCUACUUACUAAUUGCUGUCAAGGACAAAUUGUUAUGAUUAUUGUAAUUUUAGACCCAACAAGAGUGUUUUUUACGCCACAUGUAUAUAUUAUUUUAUAGUGCAAUAUUUGGUUUUAACGGAUCUCUUUAAUAUAAUAUGUACGUCUUUAGUUCGAACUUAAAUAGGUGUAGAUGGAUUAGGUUGGACCUACAACAGGCCACACUGUAUAAAUAUUAGUUUUGUGAAGAAGGAUUUUAAAUUAUUUUUUCUUAAUAAAAAACAAAAAAAAAUUAGUGUUUUUCAAUUAGUUUUACAUUUUUUGGUAGCAUAAUAUGGCGCCAUUUUAAAAGCUUGCACUUCGCAAUUUUCAAGAAAUAAUUGAGUCACACACUAG